CAACCUCGGAAACACUGUUAGUGUGACCUUGGGGUCAGCAUGUUGUCGGCUUGCAGAGAGUUAUAUUUAUCCCUUAAACGUUCUGUUGUAAAUUGGAGUUUUAGUAAUGGCUUAAUAGAAGAAACUGUUCUACCAGAAGUGAUCACUGAAUCAGCUUGCGGCAAGGAAACAGGAACUAUUUCGUUCUUCACAGUUUCAACUAGUGGAUUUUACCUUUCUGUAGUUGAUAGUGCAAAACAGCUGUAUUUGUAUGCUCGCAAGAAUGACCAGUGGUUAUUGCUUUCGCAGCUGAAACUGCAUAAACAAGUUUCAUGUCUUUUGUUCUCUCCGAGUGAGGGUUCACUAUUGAUUGGUGACAAGUCGGGAGAUAUAUACAAACUUUUUAUCAGUGAGGGGCGAAUUAUUUCUGAAAAGGACUUAACUUGCAUUUGCGGUCAUCUAUCCCUACUGAGCCAUCUGGCUAUUUCAGAUGAUGAAUUGUACUUGGCAUCUUGUGAUCGCGAUGAAAAGAUACGCAUUAGUCGGUUUUCUCAACCGUAUGUUAUUCAAUCAUUCUGCCUUGGGCAUACAUCAUUCGUUUCUCAGCUGGCAUUUAUUCCCAACAGUCAGUAUUUAAUUUCAACUGGAGGGGAUGGGGAUUUUAAAGUUUGGAAUUGUGUAUCAGGUGAAUGUUUGUCGUCUUACCAUGUAUCAGUAGAUGAAUUACCAUCACCUUCAUCAGUUUCUGAAUCCGAUAGUGCAGAAGCUGUGGUUUCUAGGUUAUACGUUACUCAGAGCAAUGUAAUUGUCUGUUCCUUUUUUUCCCACCCGGUACUAUCAGCAUUUUAUCUGCAUAUUUCAAAAGACAAUGAAGCUGUACAUUGGGGAUCACGAAGUUUCAUUUCAACACCGGAUAACUUACCUAUCAUUGACAUGGUUUUAUUCUCUAAUGCAAAAGCAAAUGACGAUUGUAUUACAGAUAGUUUAAUUAUUGGGAUGUGUUCUACUUCGGUUGGUGUUCGUUUAUUCUCUUGGAAGCUAACGGUACAAUACAAUGCUUAUGAACCAUUGUGCUCCCUGAAAUGGGAGGAUCCUCAACGCAUAGAUUGCAUGUCAGACGAUAUUCUCUCAAAGGUCCCAAGUAGGUGAAUACUUGUGUAUAUGUGAUAUAAUGCAUUAUUAGUUAACUAUUGAAGUUCUCGAACUCAAACAGCAUCUUUACCAGUCAACUCACUGCUCUUCACGAUUCUCUGGUAUAGACUGCAGUGUAAAUGAAGGGUGUAAACCAAGAGGAUUACAGAUCAGUUAGUAUACUGUGAUACUUUUAAAGGCAACAAUAGUUGUUCCAAGUCCACGAACAGAACUUUUGAAGUUGUUUUUCAAGUGUAAACCCAAUGAUUCAAUGAUACAAGCAUAUGAAGAUAAGAAGCAUUUACAUCAGCAAAAUAUUACUCAACGUCAUAUACGAAGUCAAAAAAUGCGUAAAUUAAAUAGAGCUUCACAGAAUAAUAUCAACAAAGAGACAAUUGAUGAUAAUGAUAAUAAUGGAAAUAGUUAAUGUUUCGAUUACUCUGUAUGUCUUUAUCUUCUCUGUUUUGUCAGUGAAUUUGGCGAUAAUUACGAGUUGAUUACUCGAUGUUUAUGAUCAUCCAUGCAAAUUGUUUACUGAGA